GACGGCAACGGGAACGACCAGAUUGCACCUAAUCGGAACAGCUCAAAUCCGGAACGUCUGCGUCCGUGCAAUAAAACAAGUGGCCCUGUUGUGCCUAGCAGUCUGUGAGUCAAAGUUACCAGCUAUCGGUAGGUCGGGUUCCCAUGUGGAUCACUUGAAUCGAAGAUAAAAGAACCAGCGAAGCACGCUUUUUUACGCUGUGGAUCGCUGUGAAUGGGGAUUUCUAUCUUUUCUUGACAAUUUUGAUCCAGAUAAAGGUGUAAACAGCAAAUGCGAGUCGUUUCCUAACUCCCACAAUAGACGGUACUAAAACCAGGCAAGAUCAAUGAAAACUUCAGUGAGCACUCUUGAAAAUGCUUAAUAAAUCACUGAAACAGCAAAAUCAUGGAAAAAUACGCCAUCAGUAAUCUAAUAGGAGAAGGCUCGUUUGGGAGAGUUUAUAAAGCGGUUGAUAAAUCGACGAAAGUUACGGUUGCUGUAAAAAUUAUUAAUAAGCGCGGUCGAUCCGGACGAGAGAUCCGAGGAUUACGGGGGGAAUGUGAAAUUCAAAGGAGUCUGUUGCACCCACACAUCAUUCGGAUGCUCGAUUCUUACGAAACGCCCAACGAAAUAGUCGUGGUGACGGAAUACGCAAAAAUGGAUCUGCACAGUUUACUUCGCGGCGGAUCGCUAGGCGAGCAAAAAACGCAGAGGAUCACUUUCGAUCUAGUCUCGGCCAUGUAUUAUCUACAUUCGCAUCGAAUUUUGCAUCGCGACUUGAAGCCCCAAAACAUUCUUCUUGAUCGCAAUAUGAGCGCAAAGCUGUGCGACUUUGGAUUUGCGCGAAAUAUGACGAUAGGGACUCACGUACUCACAUCUAUUAAAGGUACGCCUUUAUACAUGGCGCCGGAGUUACUAGAAGCAAAGCCAUACGACCAUCACGCAGACUUGUGGUCAUUGGGAUGCAUCAUAUACGAAAUGCUAGCGGGAGAGCCACCGUUUAGCUCGACUUCAAUGAUCCACCUUGUGAGGUUGAUACGAACUCAGCAUAUCAAAUGGCCGAGUUUUCUGACCAGUAACUGUGUUUCUUUCGUGCAAGGUUUACUGGAACGAGAUCCCGCCCAACGUAUGAGUUGGUCCGCUAUUCUGAUGCAUGCGUUUGUGAAGGGACAUAUUUUUAUAAUUGGAGAACAUACGCCCUUUAACACUCACCCUUUAACGGUGUCUCAAACUCAGAUACCAAACGACGAGAACAAACAUAAUAGAGCAGCUUGUGAGGAGUUGUCGACAUCACGAGAUAGUAUCAAUGUAAUUUUACAAAGCGACGUAGAAUAUCAAGAAACAGAUUGCGAGGAUUCGAUCGCCAAUAACCAUGCUGAACAAUCUUCCAUCAAUACUAUUUCGCCAAUCCAUCAUGAAUCUUCUACAGGAGGGCAUAUCGUACGGAGUAGUGCUUUUCAAAGAAGAGCAGAUGACCCGGACGAUUCACUAGCCCCGGGAUCAAUCAACUCCAAUUUGUUGGUGAAUCGGUUUAAUGAUAACUUUCCUCUUACACCAUUACUUCAACCUUCCCCGAUAGAUGGACUUCGAAUGAAGGCUUGCUCUUUUAUGAGUGCUGGCGGCAAGGACUAUUUAUUGCAUAUAGAUCAGCAAUCUCAAGAGCUCGAGCGACGGAAAUUGAAUCAAAGUAUUGAUAACUUUUCAAUUCGCAUUGAGUCAGAAAAACAAUCUCGAGCUCAAUCGCUUGCACAGAGUAAAGGUGCCAUUACCGACCACGGUAAACUCGCAGACAAAAGCACGCCUUGCCUUCUUCCAGGAUGGGAUUCUUGUGACGAUUCUCAGAACCCUCCUAUCGAGAAUGAAGAAUGGCUAGUCUUUUUACAACGAUCCAUGCAAGAAAUUCUGGAUGGUGAACUGGAUUCAUUGCGGCAGCGCAACUUUGUUUGCAUUAUUGUGGCACCUUUACGAAACUGCAAGGCAAGUGCGAAAGUUAUAGAACACGUAGCGCAUUUACUCAGUCUUCCGCUAGCGAUCGACAUACCACCAACAUUACAACGCGAUAUAACGCAUGUUUACGGUGAGCUAAAGUUGGUCCCUAAUUUAGUGUAUGCUUCAAAAUUGCUCUGUAAUAGAACUAAAACCAGUUCCGACAUUAUCAUCGGAAGCCAGCAUUCAAUGCAUCAGUCAACUAACUCUUUUCGUCAACUUGAGGCGUUGGACAAUGAUGAGGUUAAAACCCUAACGGCUGUAUAUGAUUUGAUAAGUUAUCUCACGCACAUUGACGACGUAUUUUUGAAUCAAUUUUGCGAUGCAAUUGAAAUCCUUGGGGCUAAGGAACUGUUCAUCAGUUUCUUCACGAUUGUUCACAAAAAUAACCAUUACACUCGCCUUGUUUGCUCUAUACUUGCUUUACUUAACUGUGCCUUGCGUGAACUUCCCGAGAAUGCCGAGAUUAUUGAACAAAUUAUAUUUGAUGAAAAUGUCAAUAUAAUAGGUUUAUUGCAGUAUAACGACUCGGUUCUAAGACUUCGAACGUGUAUGAUGCUUCGUGUGCUUGCCAGGUUCAGUUGCCUAGCACUGCAGACUAAUGGAUGGACUAAUGCUCUCAAAGAAAGCCUUGAGACAUUAUGUGCAGAUGACAAUAUAGCAGUAAAAAUGGAAGCAACAUUAGCUAUCGAAGAAUUCAAAUACCUUUCGUUAGCAGUUCCAGAGACUCUGUAAAACUGGGCAAUUCUUUGCCAAACGGUGUGAUGCGUUGAAAUUGCAACAUGUUUUUAGCAAUUAACUGUAUUAUUCGUGCGUAAUCGCACUUCGCAUGUUUUUUAAGAGUUUUAUUUGUUUGCAAGGACAGUUGACUACUAGCUACCAGGGUCUUAACCAGCAGGGUAUUAUUCUACUCAUCACAAAAAAAAGUUGAUGUAAGUGUCCUUUAGCAACGAAAGGUGGUAAAUAAUUUACACUCAUCAGCUUCAUUCAUAUUUACAAUAUGUAUCUAUAGUAUCUAUAGAUCAUUGCAACGUUCUUGAGAGUAAUGUUAAAUCCAUGGAAUCUCAAAUGCAUGCUCCAGUUUACGGCUUAUUCAGAACAUAUUUUAAGAAAAACAUAUUUUAUUAGUUUAUAUUUAUCAGCUAGUUAAAAUGAAAAUAUAAAGUGAAAUGUAA